UAUGUAUAACCCCUUCAGCUGUCACCAGGACUCUUUGUGCCAUGUUGAGGACUGCGUUUUCUUCUGUAGGAAUUCUCCUUUUUAUGUUUUCACUUAACCAAUACAGAUAUUGAACUUCUCGUGAGAGCAGCACCAGCCUCAGUGCCCUGCAGCUGACUGAAUUAUAGCUGGCAGCUAAUCCAUCCUGGCAAAGCUGAACAUUCCCAAAUCAAACAUGGCCGACCCAACAGUUCGAAUUGACGACUUCCACCCACGUGAUUCUAUGGGAUCACAUGAUUGUACCAAUUUCCCAAUAGAAGCGUAGCGCGUUAUGAUGACGUUUUGGCUCGCUAGCGAAUCAUCACCUUUUUUGGCGAGGAAGUCCCGUACAAUGUAAACAAGCGCUGGAAGAAGACCUCACCGCUGAAUACUUGUACAGCCCGGGGGGCUACAGGGGCGGGGCUUGUUACUUACUGAGUAUUAACCACGUGACCCGAAGAUGAAUAUCCUGCCGAAAAAGAGCUGGCAUGUGCGCAAUAAGGACAACGUUGCGCGAGUGCGGAGAGAUGAAGCCCAGGCCGCGGAGGAGGAGCGACAGCGCGGGAAGAGGGCGGAGCUAGCAGAGCAAGAGGCUCGUACUGACUUUCUGCGUAAAAAGGCUCGCUCGUCACUACCAGAGACAUCUACGGCCAGGUCAACAGUGGUGGACGUGUACGAAGAGUCUGGCCACAUCAAUUUAUUUCAAGAUGUUCAGGAGGGCAAAGGGACCACCCAAGGAAACAAGGAAUAUGAAGAAGAGAAACGCAGAGAGAAGGAACGUCAAGAAAAAGCUUUGGGGAUUCUGACUUACUUAGGACAGAGUGCAGCAGAAGCCCAGACAUGUCGCCCCUGGUACCAAGAGGUUCCUGUUCCUCAAAAGAAGGAAAAAGAUGAUACGGCAAAGGAUGAAAAGCUGAAACGGAUGCUGGAUCCUAUGACUGAAAUGGAAAAAUACCUUCAUAAGAAAACGGGGGAGAAAAAGAGGCCCUCUGGUAAAAAAGAGCACAAGAAAGUGAAGGAGAAAGGAAAUGAUAAGAAGGGGGGAUCCAAACCAUCCAUGGAACAGCUGAGGCAAGAGCGGUUGAAGAGAGAAGCUGCAGAGAGAGCGCGUGCUGAGGCUCUGCUGUCUGGUAGAAAGGACCAGCCAGCGCCAGAACUGGAGAUAGACGACAGAAAGCGACGAUACAACUCCCAAUUCAACCCUCAGUUGGCGCGAAAACCCAAAGUACGAGAAGAACAUUGGUGAUUAGCCAACACAGGGCCGUUGGUUCUGUGCCAUCUCAGGAGGACUUAGUCAUUGACGUAUUUACAGUUGGUUACGAUGUGGGAAUUCCCAUUUAUAGGCCUCAUACAUGUAAGGAUGGAUUCAUUUCAGCUAAUAUAUAUACCAUUAUACAAAUCUGAUACUUCUGCUGCUUUCAUUAGAGUAACAAUGUAAAAGGAACACUCAUCCGUCCAAACCUUAUUAUCCAGGGUAGAAGAAGCUCAUUGUGCCAUGUAGACACUGGGUGUAUUUUAGCAUCUGUGUACUGGUGGUGGUUACCCAUCCGAUACAUUAAGGGCAAUUUCGCACGAGCAUUUUAAUUCCAGGAGACACUGGGAGAUGUAUUUCCCAGACUGAACACUGUUCCUCUGAAGUAAACUCGCAGCAUCAUAAUGAUUUAUGAUGCUGUGAAUUCCCAUCUCAUCGUGAGUCUACCGAACUGGAGUCACAGCAUUAUGUGACUACAGUUCAGCAGACUCACAGCAUCAUAUAUCAUUAUUAUACUGCAAGUUCACUUUAUAGGAGUAGUGUUCAGUCCAGGAUAUACAAGUACAUCUACAACACGGAGCGGUUUUUCCCAGACGGAAUAUGAUUACAUGAAACUGGUCUAAAGGAGGAAUACACCAGUAAUAGUAUUCAUUUCAGUGACACUACUGUCAGAUACACUGUAGUUGUUAGGAGACGCACAGCUCCUAAUUAUAGUGCUGCCUCUUGGCCAGUCCUUGUGUCAGA